CAGAGUCAGGAGCUCCACUGAAAGCGAACAGCUGAGGUUUUCCACUGGUGGGGGGAAAACCUCCAGCGGAGGAGGGUUUUCCUCCUGCAGAGGAGAGAGGCUGAUGCUGUUGUUCAGUCUCUGGGAGCAUAGCGAGUGAGGAGGCAUCUCUCAGCCUUCAGCUGCUGAUCUGUUCACCGCCCGGAGUUAGACCUGGACACCCCUGAGCUCCCCUGGUGGCGCCUGUUGUUCAACCAAUCAGAUCAGACUAAACCAUGAGGCUCCUCCUCCUGCUCUGCCUUCUGACGCUCGGCCACUCCAAGCCCUACCGGCCCGUCAACGUCAAGGAGCUCAUGAAAACCAACGACAUCAUGAUGGCAGACUGGGAUGACGAUGACGAUGACGACGAUGAUGAUUACGAUGAUGAGGACUGCCCGGCUCACUGCCGAUGUUCACCUGGAGUGCUGCAGUGCUCCGAUCAGGGUUUAAUUUCUGUUCCUGAGAAGAUUCCUGAAGAAACGGUGAUGAUCGACCUGCAGAACAACGACAUCACCGAGAUCAAGGAGGACGACUUCAAAGGCCUCAACAAGCUUUAUGGUCUGUUCCUGAUCAACAACAAGAUCUCCAAGAUCCACGCCAAGGCCUUCAGAAACAUGGACCACCUGCGGCUGCUGUACCUGUCCUACAACCUGCUGACGGAGAUCCCGGCCAACCUGCCUCCCAACGUCAUCGAGCUGCGCUUCCACGAGAACAACAUCAACCGGAUCCAGAAGGAGGCCUUCAAGGGCCUGAGGAAGCUGCAUGUGUUGGAGCUGGGAGCCAACCCUCUGGCCAACAGUGGGAUCGAACUGGGAGCCUUCGACGGCCUGUCCACUCUCUACAUCGGCAUAGCAGAGGCCAAGCUGACAGCCGUCCCCAAAGCGCUCCCGACUUCCAUCACUGAGCUGAGUCUGGACUACAACAAGAUCUCCAAGGUGGAGGUGGAGGACUUCAAGAGAUACAAGAACCUGCAGAGGUUAGGACUGGGCUUUAACCAGAUCCGAUCCGUGGAAAACGGCAGCCUGGCCAGCAUCCCGGACAUCCAGGAGAUCCAUCUGGACCACAACCGUUUGAAAAAAGUCCCAGCGGGCCUCAGCUCCCUGCGCUACCUCCAGGUAAUUUUUCUUCAUGGCAACAAAAUCAACAAUGUGGGAUACAACGACUUCUGCCCCAGAUCUCCCAGCGAGAAGAAGAAACCGUACUCUGCCAUCAGCCUAUUCGCCAACCCGGUGAAAUACUGGAGCAUCCAGCCGGCCACGUUCCGCUGCGUGGCCAGCCGGCGGGGCAUCCAGCUGGGGAACUUCAGGAGGAAGUAGAGCAAGAUGGCGGCCACUCCGAAACAGACCCAACAUCCUCAUAACAGAAGGAGGGGAAAAAACCCUGUAGGCUGAAAACUGUAGGAAAUUAGACUCAUUUCUCAUUAUAUUGGCGUAUAUUAGAAACGAUGCUGUUGAUGCUGGUUCAUUCUCUCUGAUAAAUGUUGAAUCAUAAGCUAACAGCAGGGGGCGUUUACUGGGGAGUCAGUAUUUGUAUUUUUAUGAAAACCACUCUGACAUUUAUUAUGGGCUUCAAAUAAAGAUGCUUUUAGUUCUUUUUAUUCUAGCCUGGAUAAGAUCCACCUGAUAUUUGUAAAACUUUAUAAAAUCUCUUUUGAACAUUUUUAUUAAUGUUGGGAUGUUAUAAUUUCCACAGAGGACAAAAACUGUAACAUAUGAGGUGCUUAAAUAUUGCUUUUCCCUCCUGAAUAACUGGCUCUGAGUUGUUGUACGUAAUCUGACUGCAUGCUUGUGUCGUCUGUAUUUAGAGGCUGAGGUCCGUUUGGAUCAGAACUUUGAGUCCUCUGCAGGGCCGAGGACAGACUGUUCGUUUGUUUCAUCCAGACAGCUUCAAAAGUCCCAACCUGGAACGUCAGAGCAUCUUUUGUUUCAACAUGUCUCCUCUGAAAUGGUGCUAUAUUUAUUGAGGAUGUCUAAUAAAUAAAUCUGAAACACCUCAA